CUCAGCUGUGAUAACUCCCUCCGGGGUAGCAGCAGCACAGUCCCACCCAGCCUGAGGGCUCACCUCUGCUGAUGGGCCAUCAUGGACUGAAUGGCCCCAGCACAAUGGGCAGCUGCAAGGACUGAGACCAUCAAGGCUCCCAAAAUAUCCCAUGACUCCCAGGAUGACAUCAUUCCAUUGUGAAACUGCCCGCCCUGGGGGAGGGGCUGAGCAUUCCCACCUGAACCUGAGCAUAUAAAAUCUGGGUUUGGGGCCUUCUGGCAACACUUAACAGAUCCAGGGCAGGAGCAGGACUCCAAGAGGACUGUGACCACCGCUGUUGACAAGACUGCUCCCAUCACUUGGACAGAACUGUGUCCACCACUCUGACCAACAGGAUUUCCUACUCCCAAACCUUGGCCAGAUGGAGGAGGAGGCUGUGAGGAAGAGGAAGAUGCCCCGGAACACCCAGGCAGACAAGGAGCUGAGGACAGAGCCCAGGGAGGACAAAUCCCCGCGGCAGAACCUGGUGGAAGAGGCCGUUUUGAGCAGCUCCAUGGCGCAGGAAUCCAACGGGGAGGAAUACCACCGGAGAUCCCACAGGAGGAGGGGCUGCAAACGCAGCCCAGGGAGCUGCGAGGAGGAAAGACCCACCCUGUGCCGGGAUGGCGGCCGGAGAUCCAGCCAGAGCUCAAACCUGGUGGUCCACGAGCAGUGUCAUGCUAGGGAGAAACGCUUCAAGUGCUUGGAAUGUGGGAAGAGCUUCAGCCAGAGCACCAACCUGAUCUACCACCGGUUGAUCCACACCGGGGAACAGCCCUAUGUGUGUGGGGAAUGUGGGAAGAGCUUCAGCACAAGCUCCAACCUGAUCCGCCACCGCCAGGUCCACACAGGGGAGAGGCUCUAUGUGUGUGGGGAAUGUGGGAAGAGCUUCAGCCAGAGCACCACCCUGAUCCGCCACCGCCAGGUCCACACCGGGGAACGGCCCUAUGUGUGUGGGGAAUGUGGGAAGAGCUUCAGCCGCCGCUCCCACCUGAUUUGCCACCAGAUGAUCCACACAGGGGAACGGCCCUACGAGUGUGGGGAGUGUGGGAAGAAGUUUCAGACCAGCUCCAGUCUCCUCCUGCACCAGCGGAUUCACACAGAUGAGAGGCCCUUCCGCUGCCCCGACUGCGGGACGGGCUUCAGGUACAACUCCGGCCUCACCAACCACAAACGAAUCCACACCGGGGAGAGGCCCUACGAGUGUUCCAAGUGUGGGAAGAGCUUCUCCAAGAGCUCUCACUUGACCAGACACCAACAGUGCCACCAGGGAGAAAGACCCACCCUGUGCCGGGAUGGCGGCCGGAGAUCCAGCCAGAGCUCAAACCUGGUGGUCCACGAGCAGCAUCACACUAGGGAGAAACGCUUCAAGUGCUUGGAAUGUGGGAAGAGCUUCAGCCAGAGCACCACCCUGAUCCACCACCGGUUGAUCCACACAGGGGAACGGCCCUAUGUGUGUGGGGAAUGUGGGAAGAGCUUCAGCACAAGCUCCAACCUGAUUCGUCACCAGAUGAUCCACACAGGGGAACGGCCCUACGAGUGUGGGGAGUGUGGGAAGAGGUUUCAGACCAGCUCCAGUCUCCUCCUGCACCAGCGGAUUCACACAGAUGAGAGGCCCUUCCGCUGCCCCGACUGCGGGGAGGGCUUCAGGUACAACUCCGACCUCACCAGGCACAAACGCAUCCACACCAGGGAGAGGCCCUACGAGUGUCCCGAGUGCGGGAAGAGCUUUCAGACCAGCUCCAAUCUCCUCCUGCACCAGCGGAUUCACACCGAUGAGAGGCCCUUCCGCUGCCCCGACUGUGGGAAGGGCUUCAGGUACAACUCCGACCUCACCAGGCACAAACGCAUCCACACCGGGGAGAGGCCCUACGAGUGUCCUGAGUGUGGGAAGAGCUUCAGCCGGAGCAAUCACCUUAUCUGCCACCAGAUGAUCCACACUGGGGAGAGGCCCUAUGAGUGUCCCGAGUGCGGGAAGAGCUUCUCCAGGAGCUCUCACUUGACCAGACACCAACAGUGCCACCAGUAAGGGAAGCCCUGCGAGUGCCCCAAGUGCAGGAAGAGCUCCAACUUCAUCUCGCAGCAGAGGAUCCAUGUGGGGUGAUGCACAGUGACCCCCGUUGGGCAGAGACCUGGUGACCCCUGUUCCAGAUGAUCCCCAUGGUUGCGGGGAAUGUUUGAGAGAUUUAUUUCACUUCUCAUUCUCGUGCUCUGAUUUCAUUGCUAAUAAAUGCAAUCCCUGUCCCCAGA